GCGCCUGUUGCGCUAGAAUGGUUGUGCUUUUCCGUGAGUGGACCUGUGUUCACACGUAAGCGACCAUGACAGCACGAGAGAGGGGGUCUGAGGGUGGCAGGAUGCGCGUGCAUGCACGUGUCGGUGUGUGCGUGCACGGGUGCGUCUGUUAGUUGUGUGUGUGUGUGUGUGUGUGUGUGUGUGUGAGAGAGAGAGAGAGAGAGAGAGAGAGAGAGAGAGAGAGAGAGAGAGAGAGAGAGAGAGAGAUGGCGUCUCUGGGAAGAAUCGUGUACGAAGGAGAGGUGAUGGCUGGCGCGCGAUUCAUAGGCCAGUCGGUCGCGCCGGUGAUGCCACUUGGGGAGCCUCAUCCCACGAGCAGGUUCAACUACAAAGACCGACCUUGCCGCGAUGUCGGAUUUCUGGUCCGUCGAAGUCCACCUCUGUGCCUUAACCUGGGCGGGUUUUCUCCCGCCAUAGCCAGCAAUGAGUCGAAGGUGAGAGAAGGACAACAACCUUGUGUUUACGGGAGGACACUGACUAGUCGCCAUAGCCACAACCACAACCAUAGCCAUAGCAAAGGCAGCGGCAGCAGCAGCGGCAGAAGAAGGUUUACGGGAGGGAUAACUCCACCGGCGCCCACUAUGGCGGUGAGGGCGGAGGACGGCAGCCAUAGCCAUGAUGGGGACGAGCCGGAAGACCUCGACCGCAAGUCGAUAGAUGAUCCGGCAGUGGCAGAUGAAUUGGCCCGGGAAUUCGCUCGUCUAAUCAACGAAAAGCAAACUUCUCGCCCUUUCGAAGUCAGGCCUUCAGCAUUGUUGCCCCCUACAGCUGUAGUUGAAGCACUGGUCCGACCUCCCGUCACAGCUGCACGGUCAUGGGAAGCAGCGGAGAGAUGGUUGAGACUCGAGGAGUUUUCGGCUGUUCUUCAUCAACCUCCUUAUUCGGCAAUCAUUGGCUGCUGUCACUGGGAGGUUGCUUCUCCUCUGCAGUUCCAUGGUCCUGGCGACAAGAGAGCAGUUCAAGCUGUAAAGAUCACAUCGAGUUCGCGAGCGGAAAGUGGGACGGGGAAGGGGGAGGGGGAGGGGGAGGGAAUGGUCAGAGAGGAGGAACGGACUUUUGUGUACACGUUCUGCCUCGAGAAGGUGGAAGCUGGUGCCUACAGAGGCUGCUGGAUGGUAGUGGGGGCAAGAGUGGGAGAUUACGCAAAUGUCUAGAGCUUGAAAACGAAAAUGCUUUUUCUUUAAGUUCUUUACCAUUGUCGUUCCCAGACUUCCUUUUUUUGGUUUGGUGGGUGUUUUGCUGGCUUGCGAUGGGGUGUGAACCUGCAGUCUGUAGAGUCUUCCGUCUGCUGUGGGUGAGUGAUAGUCUGCUUUGAUUUUCGUUGCAAGUGCCUUGCGGGCAGCGGGUGGUGGUCCCCCGCUGCCCGCAAGGUGGGGGGUGCUCCCGACCUGCAGGUGGUGAUGCUUUCACUAUAAGGCACGCCUCCAUGGCAAAAAAAAAAAAAAACAGAAAAAAAGUGUCUAACAACAUAUUAUAUCGGAGUGUACCAAGAG